AUGGCCCAGCCUGAGGCAACUAUCAACAUUCUCCUGGCGACCUUCGCUGGACUGGACCUACCACGCACUCUCUCACUCCCCACAAGGGCAUCAACCCCAAUCCGCGAUGUCUACAGCAGCAUAUUUGCUCGGUUGCCCGUCCAGGAUGACCGACUCCUACUCACAACUGUCUCCAACAAGCAGCUAUUGCGCGGCGAUUCGGCACCAAUCACUUCCCUGCUGAACUCUCCAAACGACUCCAUUCUGUCUCUCCGCCUCUCGCGCCGACUAUGUGGUGGUAAGGGUGGGUUUGGCUCGCAACUUCGUGCCGCUGGUGGCCGUAUGAGCAGCCGGAAGAACAAGAAUAACAACACAAACCCAAAUGGCUCGAACCGCAACCUGGAUGGACGUCGCCUGCGCACUGUGGAUGAGGCGAAGCGUCUGGCUGACUAUCUCGCCAUCAAGCCUGAGAUGGAGAGGAAGGAGAAAGAAGAGAGGAAGAAGCGAUGGCAAGAGGUUGUUGAAGCUGCGGAGAGACGGGCAGAGGAGAUCAAGAGUGGGAAAGGUGGUGCGAAUAAAGGAAGGCUUGAUGCUGAGUAUGUGGAGCAAAAGGAGGAAGCUGAGGAGAAGACCAGGCAGGCUGUCAUAAAGGCCAUGAGAGAAGGCUUGCUUGAAAGGACUGGGUCGGAAAGUUCUAUGGAGCAAGAUGGUGGAGAUAGUGAGGAUGAGGACGAGGAGGAGAGCUCGGGCUCAGAUGUGGAAGUGAAGCCCGAGGCGUCUAGCAAAGGCGAGGGAAGGACAUUUUUCGGCUGGGAUGACGAGGACGAAGACAGCUCUGACGAUGACGAUGAAGAAGAAGUCCCUGCUCAAGCCUAUGAAGGAAAGGGCAAGGGCAAGGCUAUCGGAUGA